AUGAAGAUUGCGUUUGCUGCUGUGUUUGCCUACCUCGUGGCGUUCGUGGUAGCCGACGAACCAUUAACCCGGAACGCCGGCAUGACCUCGGACCAGGCUUUGGCAGGACUUGUCACCAAUACGAUCGACGCAAAGAACAAUAACGUGCUCGUGAGCAAGAGCAACAUCAACCUGUCGAAGAGCGACCGCGCGCAGGUGGCCAAGAUUAUCAAGGAGAUGCUGGCUACUCACCCGGAGGCGAACCAGGUCGCCGCUAACUUGAUGCUCGAGCUACUCGAGCAAGACGGCGGUACCACUAGAGGUACAGUGGCAAGAGUUGCGACUAACCCGGCGGUGAUCUCCCACGCCGUGAAUAUCAUCGCGUCGGCUGCCAGGGGCGACCCAGCGACGGCAGCUGGUCACACGGUUGGUCUUAUCGGCGCGGCAUACCCGGUUGCCAUGGCUCCACCUCCCCGUCCAGUGGCAACCGCCUAUAUUCCUUCGAGAACGUUUACACUGUCACCUUCGGCGCUGGGAAUUCCCCCUCGUCCGCCUCUGCGCGUCUUACCGCCCCCGGUGUCGAAUGAUGAUUAAGCUGGAACGGUGGCCACCCGAAGUUCUCCACCGAGAUUGAAGCCCAAUUUGAUGUUUGCGUUUAUCCUAAUCCUCUGAAUCGAACAACCUUUUAGCAACAGCGAUCGGUUAAACGAAAUAUUUCGACACCAUUUUUCGAGGC